CAAGCAAGCCAUCACCCAUCCCUAAUCGAACGAGCAACGAGCACACGACAACCCACGUCGCAAGCACUCUUCUCUCGACGACGAAGCCAAAUCCAUACCCACGACUCGUCCACUACUUUACCUGAAUCAAAACAACCCCCGCCGCCACAAUGACCUUCUUCCGCAUCACCCUCCACCGCUCCGCCAUCGGCCUGCCAAAGAGCACCCGCGGCGUCCUCGAGGCCCUCGGCCUCCGCCGCCGCUCCCAGACCGUCUUCCACCCCGUCAGCCCCCAGUUCGCCGGUAUGAUCAUGAAGGUCAAGGAGCUCGUCAAGGUCCAGGAGGUUGACCGCGCCAUGACCCAGCCCGAGAUGCGCGACCUGCGGAGGCCGGAUCCGGGUUUCUAUGUCGAGAAGGCUGUUGCGCGGUAAAGGGACUGUAGGAAGGGGAUGAAGUGAGAGAUGGGUCGAGGUUCUGAAGGAAUCCACGAAAAGAACAAAGGGACGGAGAGGGCGAAGAGAGGAUAGGUGUUCGGGGUUGCCAGAGGAGAUAGGUUCCUCGAGCAUGAUCAGGCUGGACAGCAACAGCUCGGGCGCGGCAGAUGCCAAAAUCGUGUAUCAUCACUACGGAGAAAACUGUACAAAAUUAUGGCGG